AUGGCCGACUUUGAUGUCAACAGCUUUGAACAACUUUGUAUCAACUUUGCCAAUGAAAAACUUCACGACCACUUCAACAGACAUAUAUUCAAGUUAGAGCAGAUGGAGUAUGAAAAAGAGUCAAUAGGCUGGAAGCACAUGACCUGUCCUGACAACCAGCUUUGCUUGGACCUGAUUUCUGCCAAGCCACAUGGAAUCUUCUCCUUGCUGAAUGACCAGAGCAGCUUUCCACAGGCUACUGACAGAUCCUUCUUGGAGAAAUGUCACCACUUCCACCAGAACCAUGAACAUUACGAUCGGCCCAGGGUCCCAGCCCAGGAGUUCUCCAUCAGACACUGCGCAGGAAAGGUUUCCUAUAAAGUAGGAACACUUUGA